CGACGUUCCUUUUAAAUUAACCAUCUGCUCCAUCUAUAUUCCACCUUCCCCUUUUGAUUUAUCUCUUGAUGAUCUACUUGAUCUCUGCAGCCAACUCCCGUCUCCUUUCCUGAUGGUUGACGAUUUCAAUGCACACCGUCGCUCUUGGGGUUCCAGUCAUUCUGAUUGGAGGGGUAACAUGGUUGCUGGAUUGUGGGAUGAAGUGGCAGCGGUCGUUCUCAAUGACGAAUCGGCCACUUACAUGUGCCCUAGGACUGGCAUAUGGUCGGCAAUCGACCUGUCAAUCUGCAGUCCGGUCGUGGCAACUCGAGUGCAUUGGUCCGUACUUCCCGACCUGUCAGGGAGUCACCAUGCGCACAUUGCCGUAGCUUUUCAAUCCUUUCCGUCUUCGACAGGCAGGUGUCCCGGGUGGAAAAUUAAGAGGGCUGACUGGAACGAGUAUAAAACGAAUAUAAUUUCACAAACUAUUAAUAUCCAAUCAAACGACAUAAACCUCCCCCUCACACACCAUAGUUCCUGAUAUAUCCAUUCUCUGUUCCUCUACUUAACUCUUUCCUUCCUGCUGUUCCUUUAAAGCAACAGAUAUUUGUGAUUUUUUUGCGCAGUAACUAAUGCAGUCACAGGUUAUACUCUGUUUUGUCUAGAAACAGCACACAUUUGAAAAUGUUAAUUAAUUUUACCGUGUUGGUCACCCUGCUGAUGGAAUUAUGGCCGAGUUGUAAUUCCAGAGGAGUACUUGUUACUGAAGUUGGACUCAUUCACAGUGUUUUCAAAGGUAAGACUUAUUUAUAAAGGUGUUUGGUGGAGUGGGAAAAAUUAUUCUUGAAGAACUAUGCAUGUAAACAACCGAAAUAUUUAGUUGCUAUGGUGAUUAUUGUUUGCCAUUAUGUAAUAUGUGUCUAAUUAUAUGUUGCUUUGAAGCAACUAUCGAAACAAGAAGUUCACAACUUUUAUAAACAAUGUAGCGUUUGUGCCGAUAGUUGCUCCUAAGCAACAAUUGAUUAUGAAGCAGUCAUACUUGAAUAAUAGGACUUGUACCUAUAGUUGCUUUUAAGCAACAAUCACUUCGUAGUGUUUAGGUUAUUUAUUAUCUCAGUAAUUAUUGUAAAAUAUGUAUCAAAUGUUUAUAAUUGACUUCCUAGUUAUUAUAAUAGUCGUAUUAUUUCAGAUGGAUAAAGAUAAUAUUGAGGAUUGGCUGUUGUUGCCAAGCAGUGAUUUCUCUGAUUUAGAACAUAUUAUGUCUGAUGAUGAGGCAGAUAAGCUGGUUUUCAACAAAAUUUUUAACGCAGAACUGGAACGCCAAGUAGCCCAGUACAAUAAUUUGGAAGAGUUUCCAAUUGCUGAAGAAGAGGAAGCACAGAAAACUGUCAAAGGGCCAGAAGGUAUAGAAGAGGAGGCAGAAGAAGGUGAAGAAGAGAUUGACGGCCGGGUUGAGGAAGUUAUUCGUGAAAAAGAGGUUACCACCAGGGUUGAGGUAAUUUGUGAAGAGGUUGAAGAUCAGGCAGAAGUUGUACGGGGACUUUCCUCUCAAAGACCGACUCGUUUUAGGACUAGAGUUAGGGAAGGAAGGCAAACUGCUGCUACCACUCCUUAUGUGGAACCAAGGCAAAGAGGAAGAGUAAGGAUCAGAGGUAUUAGAUGUCGAGGUGGACGUGGACGUCAUGUAUCUCCAGCAGCAAUAUGGAGGAAGCAACAAUUUAUUCCUUCAGACGCAAAUUAGAGUAGAAAUAUCCCUUAUGCACCAGUUGAUACGAUAAAUAAAUCACCGCUAGACUAUUUUAAGAUUGUCAUUGACGAUGAAACAAUUGAAUUAUUUACACAACCGAGUAAUUUGUAUGCCCAACAACCAGGGGCGGUUCCAGGGCUGAUUUUCAGGGGGGGCUAUCUUGUUUUAUAUAGCUCAUUGGUCAUUGAAAAGUCCUCUUUUAUGCUGUAUUGCUGUAACCACAAUUUUAAUUCACAGAGAAAUUUUCGCUACGUCAAAGUCCUUGUAAAUCAAGAAAAACUUGAAAAAUGUUUAAUUCUAACAUUUUAAAAUUGUAAUUUUAAGCAAUUUAAAGUCAAAGAGGUUUAAUAUUCUAACGUAAAUUGGAUGGUUACAGAGAAACUGCUACUGUUUACUGAAAACAAGUUUAUUGUGUACAAGAUGGCUUUUAAAACAAAUACUGGUUCAAAAUACAAAACUUAUAACACAAACUCAAGCCUUCUUGCACCUUUCUUUGCAAAUCGUUCUAUUAUUUUAUCUGUGUCCACUUGAAGAUGCCUGUGAACCAGUGGCGUAACUAGUUUGAUUGCGCCCCAAUGCCGCAAUCCAAGUCUUCCUGGAUACUGCUUCGCUACAUACGGCAUUGUACAAUCUCUAUCCAAUUAGAGAAAGAUAUAUGAUAUACUAGGUUAUUUAGGUUAUCAUCCUGUCAAAAAUGACGGUAUUUCUAAUUUUUUAAUGUUUUAUAAUCAAUGGAUUAUUAAAACUUAUGAUGUUAUGACUUUUUA